AAGAAUGAUAGGUGAAGUAAAUGAUUAAUGAUGAUUUUAAAAGAAAAAAUAUGACUGGGAUAAAAUUCAAACACACUCUUAUUUUAUUAUAUAAAUAUAUUUACCGCAGUCCAAGUGUAACGUGCAUGUGCAAACAAAUUUUAGAGGAUUGCGUGUAAUAUUUCAAAAGUCAGGGAAUUUGAGUGAAUAAGUGGCAAACCUCUGGGCCUCGGGGUCCGAACGUAAUUCUCCUUUUUUUUUUUUUUUUUUUUUUUUGUCCUUAAACCGUCGGUUUCAAGAUUCCAGCAAUUGCACAUACUUAUAAACACCGGCUAGUUCAGAGGUGCAAUUUGAUCUGCUUGGAUGGUCUGAUCAAAUGGCCUCUAGUCCUCAUCAAACCCACAUCCCUCUUCCUCCUGACCCAGGUGAAAAUACCAUCACUCAUGAAGCUAACUUGUCUCCAGUUCCUAUUUAUAUUGUCACACAUGCGGGUCAGCUUCCAAGUGAAUUCUUGGAGCCAUCUCCUGAGAGGCAAUUGGUGAUUGGUUUUGACUGUGAGGGUGUUGAUCUUUGUCGUAAUGGAACUCUUUGUAUCAUGCAGCUGGCCUUUUCAGAUGCUAUAUAUUUGGUUGAUGCUAUUCAGGGUGGAGAGAUGCUUAUGAAAGCCUGCAAGCCUGCACUUGAGUCCAGUUACAUCACUAAAGUUAUUCAUGAUUGCAAACGAGAUAGUGAGGCACUGUACUUUCAAUUCGGGAUUAAGUUGCACAAUGUUGUGGAUACCCAGAUUGCUUAUUCUUUAAUUGAGGAGCAAGAAGGACGGACAAGAGUGCUAGCUGACUACAUAUCAUUUGUUGGCCUCCUUGCAGAUCCACGCUAUUGUGGUAUAUCUUAUGUCGAGAAGGAAGAAGUUCGUGUACUUCUGAGGCAGGACCCUAACUUCUGGACAUAUAGACCACUCUCUGAACUGAUGGUCCGUGCUGCUGCAGAUGAUGUUCGCUUUCUUCUUUAUAUUUAUCAUAAGAUGGUUGCGAAAUUGAAUCAACAAUCUUUAUGGUAUCUUGCUGUCCGUGGUGCAUUGUAUUGUCGAUGUUUCUGCCUAAAUGACAAUACUUUUGCAGAUUGGCCGUCUCUUCCUCCAAUCCCAGAGGUGCAAUUUGAUCUGCUUGGAUGGUCUGAUCAAAUGGCCUCUAGUCCUCAUCAAACCCACAUCCCUCUUCCUCCUGACCCAGGUGAAAAUACCAUCACUCAUGAAGCUAACUUGUCUCCAGUUCCUAUUUAUAUUGUCACACAUGCGGGUCAGCUUCCAAGUGAAUUCUUGGAGCCAUCUCCUGAGAGGCAAUUGGUGAUUGGUUUUGACUGUGAGGGUGUUGAUCUUUGUCGUAAUGGAACUCUUUGUAUCAUGCAGCUGGCCUUUUCAGAUGCUAUAUAUUUGGUUGAUGCUAUUCAGGGUGGAGAGAUGCUUAUGAAAGCCUGCAAGCCUGCACUUGAGUCCAGUUACAUCACUAAAGUUAUUCAUGAUUGCAAACGAGAUAGUGAGGCACUGUACUUUCAAUUCGGGAUUAAGUUGCACAAUGUUGUGGAUACCCAGAUUGCUUAUUCUUUAAUUGAGGAGCAAGAAGGACGGACAAGAGUGCUAGCUGACUACAUAUCAUUUGUUGGCCUCCUUGCAGAUCCACGCUAUUGUGGUAUAUCUUAUGUCGAGAAGGAAGAAGUUCGUGUACUUCUGAGGCAGGACCCUAACUUCUGGACAUAUAGACCACUCUCUGAACUGAUGGUCCGUGCUGCUGCAGAUGAUGUUCGCUUUCUUCUUUAUAUUUAUCAUAAGAUGGUUGCGAAAUUGAAUCAACAAUCUUUAUGGUAUCUUGCUGUCCGUGGUGCAUUGUAUUGUCGAUGUUUCUGCCUAAAUGACAAUACUUUUGCAGAUUGGCCGUCUCUUCCUCCAAUCCCAGAUAACCUCAUUGCUGAUGACAAUGCUCUUGAGGAAGAAAUCCUCUCUGUUCUCGAUGUUCCGCCUGGGAAAAUGGGACGUGUUAUUGGAAGAAGAGGGGCUUCCAUCUUGUCUAUAAAGCAGUCUUGCAAUGCUGAAAUCUUCACUGGAGGCACCGAGGGUCCACCUGACAAGGUGUUCAUUAUUGGACCAGUACAGCAGGUGAGGAAAGCAGAAGCAAUGUUAAGGGGGAGAAUGCUGGAUAUGUUUUAA